CCUUUGCGGGCUUUCUCCCCACCUCCCUACGUUUUCUGUCCUCCCACCCGCCCGGCAAGCUCCGCCCACACGCCGCCUGCGCCCUGGGAUCAGGUGAUCGCCGGCGGCGCGGUUACGUGGCCCGGGCGCGCCCGCCCGUUGUGGCCAUGGCGGCCGCGCUCUCCAGUGUGGUAAGGCGGGUGGAAGAGCUCGGGGACCUGGCUCAGGCCCAUAUACAGCAGCUUAGCGAAGCCGCGGGUGAAGACGAUCACUUUUUAAUUAGGGCCUCUGCAGCUUUAGAAAAAUUGAAAUUAUUGUGUGGAGAAGAGAAAGAAUGUUCAAAUCCAUCAAAUCUUCUAGAACUUUAUACACAGGCUAUUUUGGAUAUGACGUAUUUUGAGGAGAAUAAGCUAGUAGAUGAAGAUUUUCCUGAGGACUCAUCUUCACAGAAAGUAAAAGAGCUGAUCAGUUUUCUUUCAGAACCAGAAAUUUUAGUAAAAGAAAAUAUGGUUCCAAAACCUUGUGACUUGCUUGGUGAUGAGCUACUAGAAUGUCUCUCUUGGAGGCGAGGGGCCUUGCUGUAUAUGUAUUGUCAUUCUCUGACUAAAAGAAGAGAGUGGCUCUUGAAGAAAAGUGGCUUGCUUGAAAAGUACCUUGUUGAUGGAAUCAGUUACUUGCUACAGAUGCUUAAUUAUCGGUGUCCUAUAGAGUUGAAUGAAGGAGUUUCUUUCCAAGACCUAGACACAGCUAAAUUACUGAGUGCAGGAAUAUUUAGUGACAUUCAUUUGCUGGCUAUGAUGUACAGUGGAGAAAUGUGCUACUGGGGAUUGAAGUACUGUGUAGAUCAGCAGCCAGAAAAUCCUGAAGUGGAGACUGGUGUUUCUGGAGCAACCUGCAGUGUGCACAAAGGACUUUUGGAUUUCCGAGAAGUAGGAGAAAAAGUUUUGAAAAAGUAUGUAUCUGUGUGUGAAGGACCCCUGAAAGAACAAGAGUGGAAUACAACAAAUGCAAAACAAAUUUUAAACUUCUUUCAGCAUCGCUGUAACAAAUAGCUUUUGAACCACUUGUUAUUGUUAACUACUUGUUGUUUUCCUUGAAAUGGAAAAUAAGGUUUCAGAAAAGAAGACAUACUGCCACUGAUUUUGAGACUAUUACACUACAUAAAGAUAUUCAAUAUGGUUACCCUUCUCUAAAUGCUAUCAUCUUUCACUAUAUAUUCUUAAACCUGUGAAGAAAUGAUUCCAUAAUUUCUAAAAUGGCAUACAUGUUACUCUAAGUCAGUUUGAAUUACAGAUAUCCUGUUGCUAGAAGGAGGAACCCAAUUUAGCUUUACAAAGUUUUUCUUCUAAUAUUGGGGGUUUUUUGUUUGUCUUUGUCGUUUUGGUUUUUUGAGACAGAAUCUCACUAUGUAGCUUAGGCUGAUCACCAGCUCACUGUGUAGCUCUGGCUGGCCUUGAAUUUAUGAUCUUUCCGUCUCAGCCUUCCAAGUGCUGGGAUUGACGGACUAGGUUAUUAGUUUUUGAUUGUGGCAAAAUAUAUGACAAAAUUUAAUCUACCUUGAAGAUUACUAUGCUUCAAAGAUUAAAGUAAAUUCACCAUAUUGCUUUAAAUAGAUAUACUAUGGGAUAUAAAUGUAGGCAAAAUGAAAGAUUAUAACAAAUAUUUAGAUUCCAUUUCUAAUAACAUAGAUUAAAAAAAAAGACUCCACAAAGGAAUUGUUGGGCUUAAUUAU